UGUGCCUCAGUCCUCGAGCCCUGCAGCGAGUCAACACAGCCGAUUGACUGUAGAGCGCGAGAAAAAGGAAACUCCUGUCUGUCUGAACGAAAACAAACGGGUUGUAGUGUGCACGCUGUUAAAAUAAACUAGCAACAAUGUCUGAGGAAAUUAUUACCAGAAUGUGCCUUUUUCUACUCAUCGUCUGCUCGACAAUGGCCCAGGACUGUUCCGAUCCCUGUGACUGUCCCUCGGACCCCCCUCCAUGCCCGUUUGGUACCAGCCUGGUUCUGGAUGGCUGUGGUUGCUGUAAGGUGUGUGCCAGGCAAGCCGACGAGCCCUGUACCCUCCUGGAGCCAUGUGACCACCACAGGGGGCUUUACUGUGAUUAUGCAAUGCUGAGUGACACUGAACACGGCAUCUGCAUGGCCCAGGAAGGCCAGACGUGUGACCUGGGAGGGGUCAUCUACCGCAGUGGUGAGACCUUUCAGCCCAGCUGCAAGCACCAGUGUGUCUGUAUGAACGGAGAGAUUGGCUGCGUGCCAACCUGUGCCAGCGACAUGUGGCUGCCCUCCCCAGACUGCCCGUACCCACGCCGCAUCCAGAUCCCUGGGAGGUGCUGUGAGGAGUGGGUGUGUGAUCAGAGCCCUCAGGACCACCCCUAUCAGUCAGCCAUGGCUGUCUACAGAGAGGUGUCAGCCCACGGGCCGGUCCCGGUGGAGAGCCCCAGGGAGAACUGCAUCGUCCAGACCACCAAAUGGGACGAGUGCUCGGCCACCUGUGGCAUGGGCGUGUCGUCCCGCGUCACCAAUGACAAUGAGCGGUGCCAGCUGGAGAGGCAGACCCGUAUCUGUAUGAUCCGGCCCUGCCACGUGGAGCAAGAGAAGGACAUCAAGAGGGGGAAGAAGUGUGUACGGACCCCCAAGUCCCCACGCGGCGUGCGUUUCCAGCUGUCAGGCUGCAGCAGCAGGAGGGUCUACAAGCCCAAGUUCUGUGGUGUGUGUACGGACGGGCGCUGCUGUACCCCCCACAGCACCGUCACCGCAGAGGUGGAGUUCCACUGUCCCGAGGGAGACGCCUUCAGACGCAAGAUGAUGUUCGUCAAGACGUGCUCCUGUCACCACGACUGUCCCCGAGACAAUGACAUCUUCCUGGCUUCGCACACACGCAGGAUGAUCGGGGACUAUGACAACGAUAUGUAAACAUCAUGGCUGCCAAACAAACUGACAAGCACAUAAACACAUCAGCCCAUAUACACACACACACAUACACACACUGAUAAAACUACUUCACAUCGCUCUCACACACACACACACACACAUACACACACUGAUAAAACUACUUCACAUCGCACUCUCACACACACACACACACACACACACACACAUACACACACUGAUAAAACUACUUCACAUCGCUCUCACACACACACACACACACACAUACACACACUGAUAAAACUACUUCACAUCGCUCUCACACACACACACACACACACACACACACACACACACACACACACAUACACACACUGAUAAAACUACUUCACAUCGCUCUCUCACACACACACACACACACACACACACACACACACACACACAUACACUGAUAAAACUACUUCACAUCGCUCUCACACACACACACACACACACACACAUACACACACUGAUAAAACUACUUCACAUCGCUCUCACACACACACACACACACACACACACACACACACACACACACACACACACACACACACAUACACACACUGAUAAAACUACUUCACAUCGCUCUCUCACACACACACACACACACACACACACACACACACACACACACACACACACACACACACACACACAUACACUGAUAAAACUACUUCACAUCGCUCUCACACACACACACACACAUACACACACAUACACACACUGAUAAAACUACUUCACAUCGCUCUCACACACACACACACACACACACACACACACACACACACACACACACACACACACACACACACACACACACACACACACACACAUACACACACUGAUAAAACUACUUCACAUCUCUCUCACACACACACACACACACACACACACACACACACACACACACAUACACACACUGAUAAAACUACUUCACAUCGCUCUCUCACACACACACACACACACACACACACACACACACACACACACACACACACACACAUAGGCAGCUUUUUGAAUUCCUGGACCCCUGUCUCUACCUUACUACCCAUAGACAUGUCUACCUAGUGGUGAGACUGAAAACAAGUAUGUGAGUUCAAGCAUGAGAUUGACUCUUUAGGUUUUCUUUUGUUACUUUAGUUAUUUGUUUGGGUUUUUAACGCGCAGCUCUAAAGUCACCUGGCUCUUUGACUCGUCUGCCUGUGUAUCUACAGAGAUACUAUAGGGUGGAUCUGACGCACUGAGGAAUCAAUGUUAGAGAUUCGUAGCACAUCACUUAGGAAGGUAUAUAGUUAUAUUCACUGCUAAAGGGUUAUAGGAGCAUGACACGGUAGUGUACAGAUGAGCAGAAGGUACUUACUCAACCAAAUGUCACAUUUUGACAUAAAAUGUUAGAAUAUGAUAUUUAAAAAAAUAUAUACAUUAUUCAUAUGUUAAAUAUUAGCAAUACAGAAAUAGUUUGAAUAUAUUAUACUACUAGUAUGUGCCUUGACUGAUCUGCAUAUUAUUGAGUGAAUAUAUAUAUAUAUAUAUAUAUAUAUAUAUAUAUAUAUAUAAUUAUAUACACCUGACACAAAACUAUUGGAAAUGUUUAUGAUUGAGUCUUUUAACUUCGACGGGGACGUUACCUAUAUCUCUCAUUAUUUAGUCACGUCAUUAGUUGUUGACCACUGAUAUAUUUUUAGUUUAGUCCAACGUAAGAGUUUGGGUCCCUAAAAAAUUGCUUUGUCUGACCGUGAAUUCACGUUCACAGCAUGGUCAAAAAGAGACAUUCAAAUUACUAAAAUCCAAAGGAGAAACAACUCUAGUCCAAAAACACUAAAAACCAAAAAGUGGCUUGGCUGAAGAAUGUAAAUAAUAUUGUUUACUGUUAAUUUAAAAAAGGAAAGAAAGAACAAAGGAAAUAAAUCAAUUCUGCAUUGACGAAUACACUUUGUGUAAAUACUGUAAGACUGUGUACAGUUUAGUACUAUAAUUUAUGUACCUGGUUGUUGUUGUUUAAUUAAUGACACCAGGUUGUAACUUGUUCAUACUUGUUUUUCACUGUAACCACCUGGCCAAGAUACAAGCGAGUUCCUGUUGUUGCACUUUUGUCUAUUUCUAAUUAAAUAAAUUAUAUAUUUUUUAUACUUAAA